CACUUUUGGAGUGCAGGACAUAUCCAGCUAGCCUGUUCUGGUCUGGUGGACAACGUGACUGAUCGAUGGAGACAUUUGAACACAUUUGUGCUCGCUUCUCUGGCCAAGGUCGAAAGAAACCAAAAAAAAACAUUAUCUUUUUGCUCGGACUUCGCCGGUGUCGAUGUGAGGAUCGGAGAGGCAAAACGCGUUGGUUGA